AUGUUUCGCCAACUAUUACUCCUAAUCAUUGUCCAGGGCGUGUUUGGAAAAGGUAAAAAUAUUUUAAGCCAUGUAGCAUGGCCAUAUAACGACUUACAAUUAUAUUUUAAAAUUUAAAUAUAUUUGAUGAUUAUAGUGUUUGUUUAUGUGGAACGGAAUUGCAUAUUCCUCAUUUAUGUCGGUUUAUCCGUGAAUUUACUAUCUUAGUGAUAGAAAGCAAACUGGAAUUCAAACAGGACAGCGACUACGUCUACACAAAAAUGCUCUAUGGGGACGUUGAGGUAAUAAGCGUUAACUGGAUGAUUUCAUGAAACACUGUUAUGUUUAAAAUUAACCGUCUUCCUUUGCAGUAUGUGACCGUCGAUGACGUGAAUAUUUCGAGGCCGGAAAAUGGUUCAAACUGUAUUGCACCCAAUGACUGCUGGCAAAUUGUUCAACGUAAGCUGUGGUUUCCGUGUUAUUUAAUUAAGCAUGUCAUAAAAUGUGUCGCUUGCCCCAUUUGAAUAGACGAAACAGCAUGCCUGACAGACCGAAGGACGCAUUUAACAGAGUCAAACCUUCCCAUAAACGGACCAGCAGCACUGACUUAUAUGCCCCUAGCUCAGAACAGGACAUGGGCGAAGGAAAAGCCUGCAAUACGGGUGGCUGUUGGCCAACGUCCAAUGAAAUUAGCGUUAGACUAAAUUAUUGAGUUGGGGUUGUGUUAGGGAUAAUGUUUAAGUGCAAAUGUAGAAAUAACAGAAAAGUAAGUCUUGAUAAGGACUAGAGCUAAGACAGUUGCUGGUCUAAAGUAUGGAAUUUGGGUUUAGGCUGGAGUUAGUGCUGUUUAGUUUAUCAUUAGAUUGAGGACAACGGAAUAUUUGGUCUUUUGCGAAAUAACGCGCAGUCCUGCAUUUAUUACUUCGCCGGGGUGCAUCUAUUCUCACGUUCUGCUUACGUGGCUACAUAAGUCAAUCCCACCAAUAAGCUUCCUUAUUAUCCGGUUAUUAAAAUGGUGAUUUUGUAAAUUUUCGAAGAAAUUCGUGUCGGGAAUUUGGAUUUCGCCGUCAGGUGAAUGUGAUUAUUUGAAUAUGGUGUUAAAGCUCGCUGGAAUUGCAAAGUAACGCAAAUUAAUCGGAAUAAUUGUGCUCGAGGAUCCUUUAUAUAUCAAAUAACUAUGAGAGCCUGCUUAAAAUAUGGACCAAGUUGCUCCUUUGAUCUACUUCCGACGAUGACCUGCAGAGGCAUUUUUGAAACUAUGAAGUAGAGCGCUUUUUUCAAAGGCUUCAUGUGGCAACAGAGUAUAUAUCAUGGGAUGUAUUUUAUGAGUCCGGGUUAGACCAUUGGAGCUGUACUCAAAAGAACUUGUGUUCGGAUUUCAAGUGCCUCCAAAUCUGGGAUUGGUCAAGGCUGACAGGCGAAGUCCACUAAGUCAGAAUUCAUGAGUAUUCACUCUCCGCGUAAAACACUAAUCUCAGCGCGACAGUAGACACAGUAAUGUGAUCGUUGAACACCCAUUCAUCACAAACGUACAUGCAGACCUUCAAUAUAAAUAAGUUCCCCUAAUAUCCACCUUCAUAAAUUGCAGUCAUUUUUUUUCUUUGCAAGCCAAUGAAUACGUAAUUGCCAACGACUACCUGAAGGGAACGCAUGUUGCAUUCACGGUUGAGCCAAAGGAUUUCCCCAAAAGAAGCAGAGUUGUAAUUCAGUAUUAUAAAAAGGGCACGCAACCUAGUAAGUCAAGACAAUUAUUCUUCUUACGCUGCCUGAUAAUACGCAAUUCACUUUCCUAUUUCCAGUGGCUAUGUAGUCCGUGCAUUCAUUUGAGUUCUAAAACUAUGCAGGCUGCCCAGUGGACGGAAAACUUGCUUCGACGAGCAGCGUGCAUAUUGCAAUUUCAGUUUAAAUCACAUACCACGAAAUCAUAUUUCUUGUCUUCGGAUAAAAAGAAGUGUUCUUUCUGAGAUUUGAUGGGCUUUCUGACUUAUUGCUUAACUAAACUACAUGCUGUAUCUUCUCUUCUAGAUUUGGUGUCCAGUACUGAAUCAGUUUCCGUCUUUACAAAAGAAGUCCUCGAAAAAGAAAAAAUUGUUCACAUUCUGCUCUUUAGUGGGGGCAUUCGGGUAAAUAUUAUAAUAUUGAAAAAAUAUCAGCAUACAUGCAUUGCAAGAUGGAUGCUUUCGAUUGUCAUUAAUAAUUAGACCUAAUGUUUUGAUGUGAAAUAUAUUGGCGGUUGCUUGCAUUUUUAGCAUAUCCCGCAUAAAGUGGUCAAAUGUGUUGAAUAAGACACGAGCGGUAAUUGCCAUUCUGCGUUUCAUUAUUUUAUCGCCCAUGAUAACUGCCUCAUAGUUCAGACAUCUGUCGAGAUUAAACAAUGAAAAGGGCAUCAGUUUACUUAAAUUCGACAUUAAUUUGUCGACGAGGCGGUAGCACAUGUGCCCCCACAUAAAUUAACAUGGAUCAUACGUGCAAGCCGCGGCGUUCUCAAAUAAUGACGUCUGCAAAUGUCGCUUAGUGCUUAGCCGAUGUAAUCCAGAUUUAGUCUACAUGUCUCCGUCUUAGGAAAAGAACAUUGUAUAUAUGGAAAAGGCGAUUUUACAAAACCACUCUGUUGAUUACUUUUCAGAAUGUAAGCUUCUUGGAAAAUAUGUCGCCAGCGAAACAGGAUUUCCGUAUGAUAUCUCCGUUUGGGAACACAGGUUGGUGUUAGUUUACAUCAUUGUGCUAGUUUUUACAGGAUAUCUUAACCGUAUCUAUUUUCCGUUCAGCAGUGCGCACCAUUCCAGUUGUACUCUUUACUGGGCAUUUGGAGACGAAGCCUCGACUACUGAAAAUUAAGUUUACGACUGGCAGAGAGGACCAGAUUACAAUUACUCCCUCCAAUAAAGCCGAGGCGACGGUGCCAAUGCUGACGUUCAUCGACUAUGUCAACGCCUUCAGGUUGAAGUAG